ACGAGUAAGUUGUCAAUCUCUAAGUUGUUUGGCUUUACUUUUAGGUUAUGAUUUGUAAGUUAGAUGCGUAGAUGUCGAUCUGCUAGUGAUUUAUACAUUGUUAUUAAUUUAAAAUUUAAAUGAAUAUAAUUACAUUUUAUAUUUACAUCAGUUUGUGCUUCAAGCACAUAAGAAAGGUGGAGUAACGUUAAUUGUAAAACAGUAUUAUAUGUUAUUGAUGACUACCUCUACUUUAUAGCCUGUAACUGUCAUUCAAUCUGCGAGAAACAUGGAGACAGCUGCUUUGAGUUUAUUGAAGCGGGCUGUGGAAAUGGAUGAGAAGAAAAGAUACACCGAAGCCUUAGUUUGUUACCAAGAAGGCAUCCAAAUGCUAUUAAACUGCAUGAGAAGUUUCAGUGAUACUGUGAAGAGACAACACUUCAGAGAGAAGAUAGAAAUGUACAUGGGACGAGCAGAGCUUCUCAAGCGACAAAUAGAAGAUGAGAAGUCUCGAGGUGUCUAUCAUGAACAGAUUCUGAUAGAGCAUAAUUCAACCGGACACAGCUAUCUAUCAGUGUUUGGCAGAUUCCUUGAUUCUGAAGUGAAAGAAGUUGUCAUAGAAGACCCUUAUAUUCGUUAUUUUCAUCAGUGUCAGAACCUGCUGAGGUUGUGUGAGUUGUUGGUGAAGAGUUGUCCAAACCUGAGAACUAUACAGCUGUUAACCUCACAAGACAACAGCUGUGAUCAGUCUAAAUCGCUUGAGAAGCUCCAAUGUGAACUGUCUUCACGACAAGUUUCUCUUAAGAUUCAAUUUUCCACCACACUACACGACAGGCAGAUCAGAUUAAGUAAUGGGUGGAUAAUAAAGAUUGGGAGAGGACUGGACUACUUCAAGCCACCAGAAAGCAAGUUUUCAAUGGGAUAUUAUGACCUUGACCUACGACCUUGUCAUGAGACAACAGUAGACAUCUUUCAUGAAAAGGAUGUUCGUAUGACACAUAGUUAAUUAACAGACUCAAAAAAUGGAGAGUGGAUUUGUAUGUGCUGUCAUUUUAAUGUAUAUAUAUUUCUCAUUUUAAUGUACAUAUUGUAUUUAUAUUCAAUAGUAUUAGAAAAAAACUCAGAAAUUUACCCAAAAAUUUAUCAAACGGUUGUGUAAAGUAUGAGAAAACGGAUAUUAGUUUUAAUUAGUCAUAAUGUAAGUACUGUACUAUUCACAUUUUGUAUAUUCAAAAAUAAAAGUUGGAACUGUUUUGUA